CUCUCCCAGGCUGCAGCAACAGGCACUUGGGCACCCGGCACUGAAGAGGGGCGGGCAGCGGGCUGGCUGAGGUCCUGGGGGAGCACCUGCUGUGGUCCUGGCCACCCGGACCGUGGGUGCCGCUUGCUGGAGCCAGCAGCUGGCUUCUUGGCCCUGGGAGCUUGCACUGGAAGGAGCAGAUGGAUUGCAAAAUCCAGGGGACGCUGCCCGAGGACCUUAGAUGCCUCUCUAGAGCAUGAGCUCGGGCAAGAGCGCCCGCUACAACCGCUUCUCCGGGGGGCCUAGCAACCUUCCUACCCCAGACGCCGCCACCGGGACCAGAAUGGAAACGACCUUCGGGCCCGCCUUUUCGGCUGUCACCACCAUCACAAAAGCCGAUGGGACCAGCACAUACAAACAGCACCGCAGGACGCCCUCUUCCUCCAGCUCCCUCGCCUACUCCCCGCGGGAUGAGGAGGACAGCAUGCCCCCCAUCAGCACCCCACGCCGCUCUGACUCGGCCAUCUCCGUCCGCUCCCUGCACUCGGAGUCCAGCAUGUCCCUGCGCUCCACGUUCUCGCUGCCCGAGGAGGAGGAGGAGCCGGAGCCGCUGGUGUUUGCCGAGCAGCCCUCGGUGAAGCUUUGCUGCCAGCUCUGCUGCAGUGUGUUCAAGGACCCUGUGAUCACCACGUGUGGGCACACCUUCUGUCGAAGAUGCGCCUUGAAGUCAGAGAAGUGUCCCGUGGACAAUGCCAAGCUGACGGUGGUGGUGAACAACAUCGCGGUGGCUGAGCAGAUUGGCGAGCUCUUCAUCCACUGCAGGCACGGUUGUCGGGCAGUGGGGGGCGGGAAGCCCACUGUCUUUGAGGUGGACCCCCGAGGGUGUCCCUUCACCAUCAAGCUCAGCACCCGGAAGGACCACGAGGGCAGCUGUGACUACAGGCCUGUGCGGUGCCCCAACAAUCCCAGCUGCCCGCCCCUUCUCAAGAUGAACUUGGAGGCACAUCUCAAGGAGUGCGAGCACAUCAAGUGUCCCCACUCCAAGUACGGGUGCACGUUCAUUGGAAACCAGGACACGUAUGAGACGCACUUGGAGACCUGCCGCUUCGAGGGCCUGAAGGAGUUCCUGCAGCAGACGGAUGACCGCUUCCACGAGAUGCACGUGGCGCUGGCCCAGAAGGACCAGGAGAUCGCCUUCCUGCGCUCCAUGCUGGGCAAGCUCUCAGAGAAGAUCGACCAGCUGGAGAAGAGCCUGGAGCUCAAGUUCGAUGUCCUGGAUGAAAACCAGAGCAAGCUCAGCGAGGACCUCAUGGAGUUCCGGAGGGACGCGUCCAUGCUGAAUGACGAGCUGUCCCACAUCAAUGCACGGCUGAACAUGGGCAUCCUAGGAUCCUACGACCCGCAGCAGAUCUUCAAGUGCAAAGGAACUUUUGUGGGUCACCAGGGCCCCGUCUGGUGUCUCUGUGUCUACUCAAUGGGGGACCUGCUCUUCAGCGGCUCCUCUGACAAGACCAUCAAGGUGUGGGACACGUGUACCACCUACAAGUGCCAGAAGACGCUGGAGGGUCAUGAUGGCAUUGUGCUGGCACUCUGCAUCCAGGGGUGCAAGCUCUACAGCGGCUCAGCCGACUGCACCAUCAUCGUUUGGGACAUCCAGAACCUGCAGAAGGUGAACACGAUCCGGGCCCACGACAACCCAGUGUGCACGCUGGUCUCCUCACACAACAUGCUCUUCAGCGGCUCCCUGAAGGCCAUCAAGGUAUGGGACAUUGUGGGCACCGAGCUGAAGCUGAAGAAGGAGCUCACCGGCCUCAACCACUGGGUGCGGGCCCUGGUGGCCGCCCAGAGCUACCUGUACAGCGGCUCCUACCAGACAAUCAAGAUCUGGGACAUCCGGACCCUCGACUGCAUCCACGUCCUGCAGACAUCUGGCGGCAGCGUCUACUCUAUUGCCGUGACGAAUCACCACAUUGUCUGUGGCACCUACGAGAACCUCAUCCACGUGUGGGACAUUGAGUCUAAGGAGCAGGUGCGGACCCUGACAGGACACGUUGGCACUGUGUAUGCCCUGGCGGUCAUCUCAACGCCAGACCAGACCAAAGUCUUCAGCGCAUCCUAUGACCGGUCUCUCAGGGUCUGGAGUAUGGACAACAUGAUCUGCACGCAGACUCUGCUGCGUCACCAGGGCAGUGUGACUGCGCUGGCUGUGUCCCGGGGCCGGCUCUUCUCAGGAGCUGUGGACAGCACCGUGAAGGUGUGGACUUGCUAACAGAAUCCAGGCCAGGUCUUGGCUUCCUCUGGGCCUGACCUAGGCCUGUCCAAGUCUGGCGAGCCACAGGGCUGGUCUUGGGGUCUCUGCCUGCCCCAUGGGAACAGGCAGGCAGACUCAGCCAGGCAGACAGUGCCCUCCCUGCCCUGCGUCCAAUGAGCCUCCCUCUGCUUGGCCUUGUCAUCGUCACUGCCAGGACAGUGCCCAGCCCGUCUGGGUGCCAGGUACGAUGCUCACCAGGCCCACCCUCCAUCCCCACUCCAGAUGGACUGUGGGCCUUUUUACUCACCUUUUCUACUGUUUUUAGACUGUAUAUAAAUUUGAUUACUUCCUGAUUGAAAUAAAAGCUGCACAGACUGUGGCUUUGAGUGGGGAUGGUCCUCAGGGGGAGGAAGAGGCCAUCUGAGGACACUGGGGAGCACAGGCACCAGCAGCCAGUGGGAGGGAAGCUGGGCAGGGACCACAGGAGGCUCCUGUUGACAUCCCCAGGAUGUACACUCUUGGUGACUUCUUCUUCCUGUCAGGAACAGGCUAGCCCCCCACUUGCCCCAAUGUACAUACCCCAAAAAAGUGAGCCAGGCAGCUCCAUAUUCUGCCGUUUAUUGACAGCUGACAGUAGCUCCCUGCCCGGAACCCCCCCUCCCCACCUGCUGGCCCUGGCCUGGGCCACCCACUGAGGAGAGGCCAGGUAGCUGACCAGGCCCACCCACCUGGGGACGUGCCAGCACAUGACCACUGGAAGGGGCCCCACACACCCAGGCACCACCUUGGCAGAUCCCCUCAGCCCACCUGAAACACAAUCGCUGGUUUUCGGCGCUUUUUUGUGUGUGUGUGUGUGUGUGUGGUAUGCGGGCCUCUCACUGUUGUGGCCUCUCCCAUUGUGGAGCGCAGGCUCUGGAUGCACAGGCUCAGCGGCCAUGGCUCACGGGCCCAGCCACUCUGCGGCAUGUGGGAUCUUCCCGGACCGGGGCACGAACCCGUGUCCCCUGCAUUGGCAGGCGGAUUCUCAACCACUGCGCCACCAGGGAAGCCCCGGCGCUUUAAAAUUCUCUUUUUUGUUAAGAAAUGUCAAAGUUGUGCCCAACACAUGUGGAUCAGCAAACACGAUAGAGGAGCCCAGUCAGUACUUUUCGGAAGAGGGAGAUGGAGGAAGAGAAGGCGAGAACGACCACACAACACGGCCUCAGACCAUGAGCAGAGCGUCUGUGGGAACUGGAGCGGGGGUGGGCUGGCUGCGCGGGGCCAGCUCAGGGCCCCAAGGAGGGAGGGUUGGGCACACCCUCACACGCACCACACGCAACCUGGCAUGCAUGCCCUGCACCCACUGCUGUCACCCAACUGACGCACCCACGUUCACCACGCUGUGCACACAGCUCCCCUGAAGCCCAAGGGAGAGGCACCAGCACCCAUGGGAGAGGCAGAGCCCUCCCCACUGUCUCCACGGCGUGGAUGACACAGCCCAGCGGAGAGCAAGGCACAUCCUUCAAGUUCUUCAGAUGCAGAGAAGUUAGGAGAGAGAGCAGAGGGGAGGCCCUGGUGGAGCACAGACCCCUCCCCCAGACCCCAGCCUCCUGUUUGUGCUACUGGGCCCAGAGGUCUGGCCACUCCUGGACAGAGGGAGGGAAGGAUAGACAGACAGAUGGCCGGGGCCUCUAACAGCUUUUGUCUUGAGC